GCGACCCCCGCGGGCCACAGCAACCGGCGCCCGGGGUCCGGCUCCCGCGGGCGGCCUACGCAGGCAGGGGCCGUGCGGGCGCUGGGGGCUGAACCCGCGGGCUCCGCCUCCCCGAGUCCUCGGGGCAUCUUCCACAUGGUCCCUCUUCAGAAGGCUCUCCUUCAUGGCGUCCUCUGUAAAGGGCAUCUCGGUUCCGACCUUUAAAAGCCAUUCGUUGCUCUUCUCCUGACCGCCAUGGCCCCGACUGUCCCUGUAAUCUUCCCAGAGGGGAUCCUGCCCACCCAGGUCGCCUUCCUUCUCGCAGUCGGCUCUCCCUUCUUCCCCGCGCCCCGGGAGAGUCCACCUGUAUCUCAGGGGUCUCCCGCAGCAUCCCCGUGCCCCGGCGGCGCCAGCUGUCGCCGCCAGAGGGCGCCGUCGGGGGCGGCGCGGCGCCACCGCGGCCUCUCCUCUCGCGGCCGGAGCCUCGCCCCCUCCGCUCGUGCCGCCGGAAGUGGGAGGUGCCGCGCGCGGGCCGGCGCUCGACCCCUCCCCCCGUGGCUCGGCCGCCCCCUCCCCCCGCUCCGCCCGCUCAGAGCAUAAUGGCAGCGUCUGAGGUUGCUGGUGUUGUGGCCAAUGCCCCCAGUCCUCCGGAAUCUUCUAGUUUAUGUGCUUCCAAAUCAGACGAAGGUCUCCCAGAUGGUCUAAGCACGAAAGACUCUGCACAGAAGCAGAAGAACUCGCCUCUGUCGAGUGUAAGUAGCCAAACAAUAACCAAGGAGAAUAACAGAAAUGUCCAUUUGGAGCACUCAGAGCAGAAUCCUGGUUCAUCAGCAGGUGACACCUCAGCAGCGCACCAGGUGGUUUUAGGAGAAAACUUGAUAGCCACAGCCCUUUGUCUUUCUGGCAGUGGGUCUCAGUCUGAUUUGAAGGAUGUGGCCAGCACAGCAGGAGAGGAGGGGGACACAAGCCUUCGGGAGAGCCUCCAUCCAGUCACUCGGUCUCUUAAGGCAGGGUGCCAUACUAAGCAGCUUGCCUCCGGGAAUUGCUCUGAAGAGAAAUCCCCACAAGCCUCCAUCCUAAAGGAAGGUAACAGGGACACAAGCUUGGAUUUCCGACCUGUAGUGUCUCCAGCAAAUGGGGUUGAAGGAGUCCGAGUGGAUCAGGAUGAUGAUCAAGAUAGCUCUUCCCUGAAGCUUUCUCAGAACAUUGCUGUACAGACUGACUUUAAGACAGCUGAUUCAGAGGUAAACACAGAUCAAGAUAUUGAAAAGAAUUUGGAUAAAAUGAUGACAGAGAGAACCCUGUUGAAAGAGCGUUACCAGGAGGUCCUGGACAAACAGAGGCAAGUGGAGAAUCAGCUCCAAGUGCAAUUAAAGCAGCUUCAGCAAAGGAGAGAAGAGGAAAUGAAGAAUCACCAGGAGAUAUUAAAGGCUAUUCAGGAUGUGACAAUAAAGCGGGAAGAAACAAAGAAGAAGAUAGAGAAAGAGAAGAAGGAGUUUUUGCAGAAGGAGCAGGAUCUGAAAGCUGAAAUUGAGAAGCUUUGUGAGAAGGGCAGAAGAGAGGUGUGGGAAAUGGAACUGGAUAGACUGAAGAAUCAGGAUGGCGAAAUAAAUAGGAACAUUAUGGAAGAGACUGAACGGGCCUGGAAGGCAGAGAUCUUAUCACUAGAGAGCCGAAAAGAGUUACUGGUACUGAAACUAGAAGAAGCAGAAAAAGAGGCAGAAUUGCACCUUACUUACCUCAAGUCUACUCCCCCAACACUGGAGACAGUUCGUUCCAAACAGGAGUGGGAGACGAGACUGAAUGGAGUUCGGAUAAUGAAAAAGAAUGUUCGUGACCAAUUUAAUAGUCAUAUCCAGUUAGUGAGGAACGGAGCCAAGCUGAGCAGCCUUCCUCAAAUCCCUACUCCCACGUUACCUCCACCCCCAUCAGAGACAGACUUCAUGCUUCAGGUGUUUCAACCCAGUCCCUCUCUGGCUCCUCGGAUGCCCUUCUCCAUUGGGCAGGUCACAAUGCCCAUGGUUAUGCCCAGUGCAGAUCCCCGCUCCUUGUCUUUCCCAAUCCUGAACCCUGCCCUUUCCCAGCCCAGCCAGCCUUCCUCACCCCUUCCUGGCUCCCAUGGCAGAAAUAGCCCUGGCUUGGGUUCCCUUGUCAGCCCCCACGGUCCACACAUGCCCCCUGCCGCCUCCAUCCCGCCUCCCCCAGGCUUGGGCGGUGUUAAGGCUUCUGCUGAAACUCCCCGGCCCCAACCAGUAGACAAACUGGAGAAGAUCCUGGAGAAGCUGCUGACCCGGUUCCCACAGUGCAAUAAGGCCCAGAUGACCAACAUUCUUCAGCAGAUCAAGACAGCACGUACCACCAUGGCAGGCCUGACCAUGGAGGAACUUAUCCAGUUGGUUGCUGCACGACUGGCAGAACAUGAGCGGGUGGCAGCAAGUACUCAGCCACUUGGUCGCAUCCGGGCCUUGUUCCCUGCUCCACUGGCCCAAAUCAGUACCCCAAUGUUCUUGCCUUCUGCCCAAGUUUCAUAUCCUGGAAGGUCUUCACAUGCUCCAGCCACCUGUAAGCUAUGUUUAAUGUGCCAGAAACUCGUCCAGCCCAGUGAGCUGCAUCCAAUGGCGUGUACCCAUGUAUUGCACAAGGAGUGUAUCAAAUUCUGGGCCCAGACCAACACAAAUGACACUUGUCCCUUUUGUCCAACUCUUAAAUGACGGACCUGACUGGGGAGGAAGAAGAAGAGAAACUGAUGUGAACAGGAAGCGCGGGUUCAAGAUUUCUAAAACUCUAUAUUUAUACAGUGACAUAUACUCAUGCCAUGUACAUUUUUAUUAUAUAGGUAAUGUGUGUAUAGAAAGUCUGUAUUCCAAUGUUCGUAAAUGAAAGUAUGUAUAUUAUGCAGAAACAGUCUGUUCCCCCUCAUCUUGCAAUUCCUUUGGGGGAUGCAGAUUGUAGGGAAGAUGAUGUUUAGUUUGGCCUUGAAAUUAUGAUAUCCCUGCCCAGGGCUGUUUUCAAGUACAAUAUAAAAACCACCUAGGAACCUGCUGUUGCUCUAAGGCCAUUCUGCUUUGGUUUGGCUCAGCCUCUAGUCCAUUUCCUUAAGGCUCAUGUAUGCAGAUUUAAAGCCUGGUGCUCACUCACUGUCCAACCAGUUGCCUUGCUUACUGAAAGCCUCCAGAAGCCUCAGUAUUGUUUUAGCCACUCUACUCCAAAUGGAUAAAAUGAGACUCUGAUUGAGGAAAAAAAAGUAACCCUAGUAGUUUGACUUCUUAUUGAAUAUUUUACUGUGUUAACACUCAUUAUUUAUACAGACAUUAGGUUUACAGAAUAUUCUGUUUUACAUCACCAAAAUUCACAGUCCGAGAAUAACAACAUAACCAGGUCCCAAUUCCUCCAUGCACCCCACAAGCUUCUGUCCACCCUAUUUUCUGGACAGAAAUUAGCACAACCCACAGGUUUUUCCUGGGCCAAGUCUUCCUUUGCUGCCACUGGCUUGGCUUCUAAUCAAGCUCUGACAGGCCAACAUUGUGAAGUCCUCACCCUUUCCCAUUCACUUCUGGUCUCCUAGUCUAGCUAAUCCCCCUCCCCCUGAAGGUUAAGGCAGUUGGUUCACAACCAAGUUGUUUGGUGACCUUGGGUGAGCUCCAGACAGGCACUGGGGUGAGGAGAUGUCUGUGCAAAAUUACUUGUAGAAUGAUCUUGGGAUGCUGGAUUUUAAUUUUUGAAGCAAGAAAGUUAGGGGGGGACAUAUUUCCUGUCCUGGGAAAAAUGGAGACCAAAGUGAUACUAAGAAAGUAGUUUGGAUUUCAAAUUUAUAAAUCACUUGCUCUGUGGGUAGCUACCAGGAACUAGAUCAUUUUCCACCUCUGCUUAUUGUACUUCUUAAUUUUAGGUUUUAUACCUGGGAAAGCUGUGACUCUGUUAGAGCUUUGAAUCUUUUCCUAUCCUUUUAUCUUUACUCCUACAGGGAAUGGCCUCAGUUCCCUUCUCUUUUAGAAUUAAGUAAAAACUAAGAGUUAACUUUUUAAAAAAACUGACUCCAGGGAAAGGACAUUAUUAUAUCACCAAUAGCUGAUUUUUUUUUCCAUUCUGGGACCUAAAAUGCUUACAGGUACUAGCAGUACAUGUCGGAUAGCAAAGACUUUUCCUUUCAGACCCAACUAAAUGAUCUCUCUGCCUUUGAUACUCUUUUCCUUCUUUGUCUUUCAUCCUUGCCUGUCACCUCACAGAUGGAUGCUUUCUCAUUUCUCUUGCCUCACUUGCCCAGGUUUAUUGACUAGCGUCAGUUUAAGGAGCUGGACUUCCUGGGACCUCCUUGGCAUCUUGUAGGGUGAUUGGAGUGGCCUGAGUACUCAGCUCUUCAGAGGUCAGGUGACCCACUUUCUUUGGUUAAUGAAAUGUUACUGUCUCCAGGUUAGUAGCUGUCAUGAACAGGAAAGGUGGCAAAAUGGAAGACCAGUUCUGUUGUUCUUUUUGUUUAGGGGAUGCGUUUUUUAUCUUGUAAUCUUAAGAUUUCCUCUCCCCUCAACUUUACAGCAGCCUUAGGCCACCUGCCGUAUUUUUCAGUAUCCCCUGCAAAUUUAGAAAUUGAAAAUGAGUGUAAAGCAUAUUGUUUCUUUUCCAAAAUCCUUUGAAGCCAAAGGAGUAAAGAAAGAAAAAAGGAAGGGGUGAGGAGGGGGCUUAACUGCUUCCCAGUAAAGACCCUGGAAAGCCCACUCUUGCAGGAGGGUAAGUGUUUUGGAGAGUUGUGCAUGGGAGCGAGCGCCUCAGUGUUACUCUUUCUUGUUCAGGAUCAGUCAGAAAGCAACACGAGUGUUGGCGACCCCUGUUCUCCCUUCUCCCUCUGUCCACUGGCCUGCAAUGAUAAAAGACAUGCAGACCAAUGGGAAAGGCCCCAAAUGCAGUGAGUGGAGAAUGGGACAGUCAUUUUUCAGGAGCAGAAUUUAAAAAUAGAGAUGUAUAAUGCAUAUUUUUACAAGCAAGAAGCUGUUGUUAAGACUUUUUUUUACACUUAGAGUUUAUAAUUUUGGGGCAGGAAGGAAGUAACUGUAAAAAGAAAAACAAGUGCAAGUUUUCCUUAAAAAAAUAAUAGGCUGAUGGGACUUGCUAUUGAAGAGGUUGAGUUUUAUGCCCUGGAAAGGGCUGGGAAAAAGCCAGUUUUUCCCAACGUGGGUAUAAAUUAUAAAGCAAAAUGUGGCAUUUUCACUUCAUGGUAGCAGUUCUGAAAGUUUAUUUACACAGUAAGUUCCGAGCUAGAAGUGGACAGUCUCCAGUCUUCCUGUCAGACUCUGUAGUUAUGGGGUGUUCCCAGUCAGCCAAAGCAGCACCAAGUGCAGUGGGAAUGAAGAGAACCCAGAUAAAAAACUGACUCAGUAUUCUUGUUUUAUUGGUUUAUGGCUUGUGGGCAGCUGGCUGAGGCCAGGAACACCAGAGGCCCUCCUUGUAUUUCCCUCUCCCUUAUCAGGUAAUUCCACACUUAGCAGGUCCCAUACCUGGAAGGAGUGGGUUGACCAGGUAGGAGUAGGAUGCAGUGGGUAUACUAGGAAAACCCAGCUCUUCCCACUAACACUGGUACCGUAGUUUACUAUGCUAGAACUGAUAGGGAGGUAAUGAACUUGGUGCCCACUACCUAGCCCAAGAACCAGCCUGGGUACCCACGUACCAUUAGGAGCGGGGAGGGGAAGAACAGGAUAGGGGAAAAAGAUGACCUUCAUCAAGGAGCUCUUGUGGUGGAGGACAUAAGGAAGCCCUGAGGCUGCCAUCCUUUCUCCAGGCAGCCUUGAUACUGAAGGCAGUGAUGUUAGAGCCAUAAAGCACUGUAUUUCUCAUACUCUUGGUAUAAUGCUAGUGCCACUGUGUGAUGCUUUAGUCAAAUAAAUGGAGGGGCCAUUAGAGAGGGUAGGAAGGCAAUGAAACCACUCUGAAUUAUGUAAAGAUCUUGCUACUUCUUAUAGCCUAACAGGAAGAAAUCCAGGCAGGGGUUAUAGGGCAUCAGCUGUUGAAUGAAUCUUCAACAUUAUGCUUUUAAGGAUUAGAUAGAAGAGGUCUCCUACCUAUUCCUUUUAGCACCUUGGCUGCAAAGCUCCAGAGGAAGAUUUGGGGGAAAGAGUGAGCCUGUGACCAGGAAGACAGAGCCCAGCCCUGCUAUAGUCCAGUUGCUCUCCCACAGGGCACCUGGAGCUUAGGGGGUUAGGAUAUUUCAGUGCUACCUAUCAUAUGUAGAAUAAAGGGUGGUUCAGAUAGAGACAAUGAAAUUAAUAUGGCAGAAAUUCAUGUGUUAAGUGGAACUUCUUAGUGGGCACUUCAUUUAAGAGAGCUAAAAAAGAGCUCUUUGGCUAGAUAAGCCCUUCCCAUCUCACUUUUGGUCAGGCUGCAACCACAGAAAAGAAAACAUUGAAAACAACACCCAUCUUCUGAGAUGGGAUGCUAUCUUGGAGAUGAGGUCUAAAACUAGGACUGGUGAGUGGUUGUGUUUCUGCCUUUCCUAGCUUUGAUCCCACUAUUCCCUGUCUUUGUACUCCCUCUCCUUCUCCUCUUUCCAACCGCCCCCAUUUGUAUAAAUAUUCAAUCUAGUUUUUUUUUUUUUAAUUCAAGAGGCAAUCUUUGCACCAAUGUUAGGCUUGUUUAUACAGUCCCUGUCUCUAAAGCAAAUAGCAAACUGUGCAUCCUCUCCUACUGACUUUGGCCAGCAGGGAAGCAAGCUUGGUCUCUUCUCUGCCAGGGUACCACAGGGACACACGCCAAGGUAACCUGCGUGUGAUGCCAGUACUUCUGAAACUAAGAAAAGAAGAAUACUUUGGGUUGGAGAAUUUAAAGGAAUGGUGGACAAAGGUUCAGGGCUGAAGUUUCAAGCAGCAGAAUUUCCCGACUUAAAUUUGAGGUGACCAAGAGUAUUCCCGCCAGCAGAGUGCUUCUUCUCUUUUCUGUUUCCUACAGGUACAGUCCCUGGAACCCACCUUGCCAGCCUUUUCCUUCUUCUCCAUCAAGGCAGAGGCAUUUGGUGGGUGGGGAGGGUCCUGAGGUGCUCUGGCCACAGGUGCCAUCUGUGUCUCCUACUUGUGACCAAAGUGAACCACGGAGGUGUGGUCCAGGGGAAUCUCUAUCUUCUGCCCAUGGGCCUCCUCACUUCAGCAGGGAGAUGUCAUCAGCAAAGUCAUCAUGCUGCUGGCGCAGGCAGCGGAGGCAGCGCCACUGACACACCAUGAGGCAGAGUGGCAGCAUGAAGAGGGCGCAGAUGGCAGCCAUGACAUAGGCUAUGGUCAUGAGGGUUGACUCAUCUGUCUGUGGAAUGUUGUAGCCACAGUCUUCCAUGUCCAAGGUGACAAAAGGGCCUUCCACCGCUGCCGUCCUGAACUCAUCGUGCACUGGGGAGAGGGCAAAUGUGAAUGGACAGCUCUCAUUGUCAUAGAGGAGUUAACAAAAAGAACUUCCUGAUAGUGAGUCCUUGAAAUUAGCCCAUGCAGAAGCUAUCUAAUCUCCUUCCCAGGAGAUAUUUAGGAGCAGGCUGGGAAGCCAGCACCAGGUAGAGGCCUGUCUCCCCUCCCAAGUCACUGGGAGCAGCAGCCCUUCCUUGUAUACCCAGCUGGUAGGAGUGAUAACUAAAAGUCAGUAGUUCUGAGUUGACCAAAAGCCACCCCCUUGACCAAAAGCCACAUCUAGUAAACUUAACUUUCUGCUGCUGAAAUCCAACUGCAAAACCCUGCCACCUUUCUGAAGUAGCAUUCAGCCUCACCAUGUGGCAGCUGUCAGGGUCACUAUAGACUCAGUCUGCUACCCUUGCAUCAAGAGCUUCCCAAGGUACCCAGGUAGCUCUUGCUGCUCUGGGUUUCCAACAGAGGUUACCAAUCCAGGCAGUGGUCAUUAUGGCAGGCAGUACAAAAAAAGGACGAGCAUUGACACUAGCUUUUGCACAAUUGUUGACUUGGGUUUGAGGCAACUGUUACUACCCUCCCCUAAACUGACAGGGACCCAGGUAUACUAACUGUUGUUUGACAAGGAAAAUAUGGAGAGACUGACCCCAAACCCUCAGCUCUGGCACUCUCACCAUGGCAAGUGCUGACAGCAAAGCCAAUUCGUUUUCGGGCCCGAUCAAAGACAACGUAGAAGCCCUCCAUGAUAACAGCUCCCAUAACAGUGCCCGUGGAUGACUGUGAGAUGGCAAACUUGUAACAGUCGUCUUGGGACGUGGCCACAUCUUCCACUGGCCGCAGGUAUUGCUAGGGGUAAACAAUCACAGGGUGAGUGUCUUCCUCACUCUCCUUCACCCCAUCUCUGCCUUCUAGGCAUCUAUGCCCUUCCCUUUACCAUCCCUGAGCUCUAACGGGUUUUCUGAGACCCCUUUACUGCUGGACACUACUCAUCUGUUUUGUCUUCCAAGUUCUGGCAAGCCAUACCUGCUCACUGUCUCCCAGUGUGUACUUUUAAGAGAGAUCCCCCUGACUCAGGCUGGGACAUACCUGCGGAAGGAUGGUGAUGCGGAAGGACUGGUUGGUAACCUCACCCAUUAGGUAGAGUGAGAUGACUGGGAAAAUGUUCCAAGGGGUGGUGCCUGCUUGCCAGCACACCAGCUGCUCUCCUAGCCAGAAACCAUCAGGGAACUUCUCCGUCUGUGUUGGCAAGAAGGGGAUAACAAUGAGGAAAAGCCUCUUUAUCAUCUCGCCCCUCCCAUGUUCAGAUACAUUAACUGGGCCCUUCAUUUGCUUUUCCAGUGAAAUAUCUAAAGUGGGGAGGGGUAAACCAACCAGAGGAUUACAGGAAGAGAGUGGGAGUGUGAUGUCAAACUUUUGUACCGGGGGAUUGUGUGAUGAGCAAAGUGACAGCCAUAAAGGGGAAGAGUUUUUUGUUUGUUUGUUUUUGAAACAGCGUCUCACUCUGUUGCCCAGGCUGGAGUGCAGUGGCGCGAUCAUGGCUCACCGCAACCUCCACCAUCCUGAGUUAAAGUGAUUCUCCUGUCUCAGCCCCCUGAGUAGCUAGGAUUACAGGCGCGCGCCACCACACCCAGCUAAUUUUUGUACUUUUAGUAGAGAUGGGAUUUCACCCUGUUGGUCAGGCUGGUCUUGAACUCCUGACCUAGUGAUCUACCCACCUUGGCCUCCCAAAGUGCUGGGAUUACAGGCGUGAGCCACCACGCCUGGCUAGGGGAAGAGUGUUUUAAGAGCUCUGAGUAGAAGGGUCUUAAGUGCAGACAUCUUGGCUGUUGCUGAAGAAUGUGACUCUCACCGCCUCCCUCUGACACUGUACCAUCUCUUUUACCCCCAUCCUUAGUCCACUCACGGAGGAGGCUGCCUUGAUGGAUUUGACUGCAGCUUCAAACACUUUCUUGGGCAAACGAAGGUUGGUGGUGCCACUGUCCACAAUGCUUUUGUCAUAGUUGUACUAAGAGGGAAAAGAGAGAGUUAGAAGAGUCAAAAGGUUUUUGAUGCUGGGCUCUGGGCAGUAGGGGGUUACUGCUGGGGCCCCAGCUGGGUUGGCAUCUUGGCUUUGGCACCUCCUAAGUGUACCUGCUUGGACAAGUUAACCUCUGUGCCUCAGUUUCUUCAUCUCUAAAGUGAGGAUAAAAAUAGCACCUACCUAAAAGGGUUAUUGUAAGGAUUAAAUAAAUCAGCAAUGUAAAGCACUUAGAAUCGUGCCCAGCAGAUAGAAGGCACUCGGUAAAUGUUUAUUCUUGUUAUCUUGGGUGGGCAGGUAGUCUCCAAACUUGAAAAUAAAAAUACCUUGUAUAGUGCUUUUAAAUUUUCUUUUCUUUUCUUUUUUUUUUUUUUUUCGAGAUGGAGUGUAGCUCUGUCACCCAGGCUGGAGUACAGUGGCGUGAUCUCGGCUCACUCUAACCUCUGCCUCCUGGAUUCAAACCAUUCUUUUGCCUCAGCCUCCCAAGUAGCUGGGACUACAGGUGCCUGCCACCACGCCUGGCUAUUUUUAGUAGAGAUGGGGUUUCACCAUGUUGACCAGGCUGGUCUCGAAUUCCUGACCUCAAAUGAUCUGCCCCCGCCUUGGCCUCCCAGAGUGCUGGGAUUACAGCCACGCCCAGCCGCUUUUAACUUUUCUCAGUACAUUUAUAUCUAUUCUAAUUUAACACACGUAAGAAUCUAGGGAAGGAAGACAUAAAUGAUUUAGUUACCUUUUAUUGAGUACUGCCAACCACAGAGAUAAACACUUUACACAUUAUCUCUGAUAUUCUGAGAAAGUUGUUUUUACGUGUUUUGCAGAUAAGGAAACUGAGACACAGAAUAGUAACUGGCCUAAGGGUACAUAGCUAGUACAAAUCAGAGCUAGAUUCAGAUCUGGGUCUUCCCGACUCCAAAGACAAGACUCUUCAUUCUAUCACCCUGUCUCACAAAAGACUUGCCCAAGGCUACGAAGCAAGGCAGUGACUAGAGUCCAGACAUCAGAACUAGUUCCAUGGUUUUUUUUCACUACCAGUCCCUAGGCCCCAAACCGCAGAUCCUGCUGUGUGACCAUUAAGCCCCUGACUGUUCUAGGCUCAACUUCCAACCCUGUCUGCAGGUCCUAUUACCUCUGCCUCAUCCUCCCAACAUGAUAACCAGAGUCUUCCUUCACAUUGUACUGCCUACCCCCUUAUGUUCCCUGGCUCUCCCUUGGUUUUAUUACCUCCUUGCAGUCCAUUUUCAGAUCCUGUCCAUUGAUCUCCACCCGCACAAUGAUCACCUCAUAAUACCACUCCCGCCGGAUGGGUGUAUACCAGAGACCGCCUGUGUACAGCGAGUGGUCGAUACCUCCAAUGAUCUAGGGAAAAAAAGAGGCAGGUACCCGUGUCCUGGCACAGAAGGAGAGUGAGUCCCCCAAGGACCAAGCAAUAAGAUCAGUGAUUUCUUGGGGAGGCAAGGUCUUCUACAGGCUACCCUUUUCAUCUUCCUGCUUCUAAACAAAUCAUACCCAAAGUGAUUCCUAGUUUCUUAAAUGUGUUCAGGAGAAAAGACUUUCCGGGAUUUUUAAUUAUUUGUUUCAGAAUCAUACAGCCCUUGAUAUAAAGUUAUUUAAAUCUAAACUGCCACAAUAAAUGUUGAAUGAAUGAUUAUUUGUUUAUA